AUGUCGGUUCCAGUGAAAGAUGAGUUGCAUAUCCGCAGCGUCUCUAGCGACGACGUGCUGCUGGGGCUCGGCCCGAUCACUUUGAGCCCGAAGGAUGACCCAGAGCGGGAGUCUGGGUGGUUCGCCAGCCCCGAGCAUGAUAUGGCGUUGGAGGGAUGCAGCGCCCAUGGGAACACCGCCGACGAGGAGGUGGCUGCAGAGAACGUCAAAGAGGAGAUCGAGGGCGCUGAGGCUGCGGCGCAGCCUGCGGUGCCAGCAGCCUCGCAGUGGUCCACCACGCUGAUCGACCUGACUUCCGACGUCGGCCCUCGCCUAGUCAGUAGGUCGGCGUCGAAAGCGACGGCCCGUGCCAGCGGCGAUUCGGCCCAACGGGAGGCGUCGGGCAUCGGCGAGGAGAUGGCCGAUGAGGAUGAGGGCGAGCACGCGGCACGGGAGUCCGAUGGCGACGGAGAGAUCCCAUCAACAACUCUGGACCCCGCCAGGUGGCAAGGCCAUCCGACGCCUCUGUCAUUGGGUGAGGAGUUCCCCAGGGGCACAGCGUUCCAGCACCUGGCGCGCAUCAGGAAGACCGUCAAUGGUUACGUCGACGGGCUCUGCAGCGUCGACUGGCACAAGGACUUCAAGGCGGCCACUGUCGGCGCUCUGACCAGGCGGCUCAUGACUCACGAAUCGAAGAUCAUGGGGGAGGCUGUGCUGGAUGUCCAGGUUUGCUGCAAGCAGCUUGAGGAGCGUGCCAAGGGGCUUUUGGCAAUCCACAAGUGGUUCCACCAGUGGACCCAAUUCAAGACCGAUGACAAGCUAGUCGAGGCGCUGCCGCAUCUAAUGGUCGAGUUGAAGUACCUCAAGUGCAGGGGCUUGGAGGUCGCGCCGCCUGUGGGGCUCGUGACCCUGAAGGUGAUCUUCUUCAGCGUCUACAUGGAAAGCGGAUCCGUGGCGAAGGCAGCGAUCGGGCACAUCAACCUUGGCUCGCUGAAGAGAGUGCUCGAGAUGUCAGAAGAGUACAUGACGAAGCUCACUGAGGCGCGAAACAGCGCUCCGCAGGCACCUGCAGCAGAAGGGGCCGCGCCAGGCAGGAGGCAUCGGGGCCGGCUGCUGCCCAUCGAUGACGCGGUCGACAUCACUCUUCCCGUCGCCGUGCAGCUGGGCAUCAUGGUCUGGAAAAGCUUAGAGCACUACUGGCAGAGCAUCGGAGCCAAGGGCGAGAUGACGAUGGAUACUCGCAUGCAAGUUGUAGACGAGACCAGCUCUAUCUGGCGUUCAUGGGUGAAUACCUUCGAGACCGAGGAGAAGACGAUGGACACCACUCAGGUCGAGACAGCCUUUUGCAGCGUGAGAGUCGCGUGUCAGUGCUUGCUCCCAGAUGAGAAGGACAAGCCGACGACGGCUGAUGUUCGAGCAGCUCGGAAGUUCAUCAACCAGAACGCUACCUCAACCAAGUCUUCAGAUGAUCAGCGACCCGUUGUCCAGAAUAUCGCAAAGUCGAUGGUCGGCAUCGCCCCCGCAAGCUUCAUCAUGGAGCAAGCGAGGAGGCAUGCUUCGAAAGGGGUUGAGGACGAUGCUGCAAAUUCCAUUUUCGACCAGGCUUGCAAUCGUUUUGAGGAGAGCUUCCAGGAGGCAUACACGGACAUGGAAUUGUUCAUCAACGAGCCUAAGCCAGAGGACGAGUCGGACGUCAUGACCUACGCGAUCUUGGGGAAGAGGCUCAAGCCCAUUAUCGACAUCCAGACGAGCAUCAUCUCUUGUGCAUCGAGGUGGUCACCCGCGGCGCUGAAGGAUGAUAUUGAGCCCGUCUGCGCCGCGAUGGGGAACUUCAUGGAGCGGCUGAGCAAUGGUGUAUACGGUCUCGUUUCGGUGUUUCACAAGACCGUGUCUCGCCCUCUGGCUCGGGUCCUGGACGAGAUCGGCGCCACCAAGGCCGGAGAGGGACGCGAUGAAUUCUUGCGUGUGCCCGUCGAAUCGGUUGCAGUCGGAGGCGCAGCAGCAGCGAAACCAGAAACCCAAGGUGCGGUUGUAGCAGUCUCAGAGAGCAUCGUCGAGCAGGGCGGUGCUGGCUUUGCAGCAGUGUCACCAGCGUCGAAAGUCAUCGCUGCGCUGGGGGACUUGCACGCGACCAGGCUCCAAUCGGAGGAGUUCUACGAGGCGCUUCAGACGAUGGUACUCGGAACGACGAAGUGCGCCGAGGCCUUGACCAAGAGGACCGGCGACGUGGAGCUCGCCGAGAAGCUGGGCGAUAUCGGGUGUGCGAAGGUGCUGUUGGCAACGCUCGAGGACAACCGUCAGAACCUCACAGAUAUGAUGGACUACAUGGGCGCGGUCGUGGAGCUCUUACCCGUGUUUGUUGAUGGGGGGUCCGAUGCGCUAUUCGAUGCAACCGCCACCAAUCCAAAGUCCAAGGAGCACGCGAUCAACCUGUCCGGCCUGCAACACCAGCUAGAGGGCGUCAAUGCGAUUCUGUUCCAUGGCGAAAGCGCCGUGCAAGACGCGAACGUCUUUCAUUCCAUCAGCGAGGCUUUCGUGAUCUUCAAGGCCAACUUCGGCGACAUUACCUACCAGCAUGCAGCGGCCGUCUGGCUUGCCCCCCGCGUGCUCAAUAUGUUGGCUUUCAGCGACCUCGAGAUCGGUGCGGUCCAGGCGCUGCAGACGACGGCCGACUCUGACACAAUGCUCGAAAGUUUCACCCACAACAAGGCGCUGACUGCAUUGAAGGACUUCGCCGAAGCGACGAACAUGACUGAGAUGCGCACUUGCGGCGCCGUGUUGGCAGAUGGUCGCCAGGGCGAGGACUGGCCAGUGCCAAUGCACAUCGCGACAUCUGUGUUUGACGUCGUGUGCGCUGUGAGGGGCCAGUUCAUGUUGGCCACGGCGCCCCAGCGCUACCUCAUCGACCCGACCGCCGGGCGUAAGGAGAUGUUUGAGAAGAACAUCGAACCCCAUCCGUCUUGCAACAUCCAGGUCAAUGUGCUGGUGCUCAUGUUUUCUCGUGCGAAGGUGAUCGACGACUUGGUCAACGCCGACGCUGGGAGGUCGCUUGAGAGAGAUGGAUGGGGCUUGCGAGUCCCCUUGCAGUCGUUGGGCCGUUGGGCCCUGCAGAUGGCUUCUUUUGCUAGGAGGUGCCGCGAUGCUGUCAUGGCGCAUCGCAUGACAUGCCUAUCCGCCGUGGUCUCCGAGUGCCAGUCGACGAUGCCACAGUGGGAGUCGAUCUUCAAGGACGGAGUGCUCAACAUGCAGAUGGCGAUCGACCUGCUGGGCGAGCAGUUGCCUCCCACCGUGGCCAGCUACAACCGCAUAUACCAAGUGCUGGGCAAAGUUUCGGUGAUUUCAAAACGCAUUGAGCUGUCGCCGCCAGUGGACAAGCAUCCAACUACGUCGUCUGGGUGCGCUGUGGCAUCGACGCUCCUGGCGAAGUUCUACCAGGCGACGGUGCUCAUCCAGGGCGUCAACUUGCUGAGGUUCCAGUCACAGGGCCCAAGUGCGUCGACGAAAGCGUCCAGCUUCAUCAAGGAGCAUCAAGAGAAGAAGAAAGUGCAGUUGCCCGGCGCCUUCUGGAGCGAGCUGAAAUGCAUCGUGGACGGUUCUGCAAUGGUCUUCAGCGACGGGCACGCCGUGGUCAAGCGAGAAGGGGCG